AUGGAGAACAGGACAGAAGUGACACACUUCAUCCUGCUGGGACUGACCAAUGACCCUGGUCUGCAAUUUCCCCUCUUUGUGACCUUCCUCCUCAUCUACACCAUCACUGUGCUUGGGAACCUGGGGAUGAUCCUGUUGAUUCUCUUGGACUCUCGUCUCCACACUCCCAUGUACUUUUUCCUGGGAAACCUGUCUCUGGUGGACUUUUGUUCCUCUUCUUCUGUCACUCCCACAGUCAUGGCUGGGCUCUUGAUAGGACACCAGGUCAUCUCCUACAAUGCUUGUGCUGCUCAGAUGUACUUUUUUGCAGCUCUGGUUACUGUGGAAAACUACCUGUUGGCCUCAAUGGCCUACGAUCGAUAUGCAGCAGUGUGUAAGCCCUUGCACUACACCAGCAUCAUGACAGGAAGUGUGUGUGCAAGUCUGGUCACAGGCUCCUAUGUGAUUGGUUUCCUAAAUGCCUCCAUCCAUAUUGGAGACACAUUCAGUCUGUCCUUCUGUUUGUCCCAUGUGAUCCACCAUUUUUUCUGUGAUAUUCCAGCAGUCAUGGUUCUCUCUUGCUCUGACAGACACAUUAGUGAACUGGUUCUUAUUUAUAUUGUGAGUUUCUGUAUCUUUUUUGCGCUCCUAGUUAUCUGGAUAUCCUACAUAUUCAUUUUUGUCACCAUCUUAAAGAUGCACUCAGGCUCAGGACAUAGGAAGGCUAUGUCCACCUGUGCCUCCCACUUCACUGCAGUCUCCAUUUUCUACGGGACAGGUAUCUUCAUGUACUUACAGCCCAGCUCCAGUCACUCCAUGGACACAGACAAAAUUGCAUCUGUGUUCUACACUAUGGUCAUCCCCAUGCUGAACCCUGUGGUCUACAGCCUCAGGAACAAGGAGAUAAAGAGUGCAUUCCUAAAGGUCAAGGAUAUUUUUAUUUGUUGGAAGAAAAAUAAUCUUUAG